UCUUCCCGGGCUGCAGAUUGGAGGCCAGAGGACCCAGAGCAAGCAGGGGUGUUUCCACUUUCUUUGCUGCCGGGCUGACUCAUUGCCUGGGUCUUCUGCCUUCAAUAAAAGCGCCUUUGCUUCACAAAGGUUUCUUCCGAGCCGGCCAGGACUCCGACCCUGCCACUGACACCAUGCUGCGCUCCUUGUUCUUUCUGGUUGUCUUCCUGCAAUUCCAUGCCACAGCCCCCUUCCAAGUACGCCUGUCUGGAGGCCCAAACCUCUGUGUAGGACGUGUGGAGCUCUUCCACCAAGGAGAAUGGGGGACAGUGUGCGACGAUGACUGGGACCUGCGAGACGUGGCUGUGGUGUGCCGAGAGUUGGACUGUGGAGAGGCCCUUUCAGCACCCCAUGGAGCCUGGUUUGGUGAAGGAGCUGGCCCCAUCUGGCUGAAUGAGGUGCAUUGCAUGGGCACUGAAUGGCACCUUCACUCUUGUCGCCAUCUGGGCUUUCGAAAGCAUGUCUGCACCCAUGAGGAAGAUGCCAGUGCCAUCUGCUCAGUCCAGCGCUUUCCUCCCUUCACCGCCUUUCCCCCUCACACAACUGUCAGGAGGAGCAAAAUGGAAGCAGCGACGACAGCAAGAGCAGCGUCUCUUCCACCUGCUGAGGGGACCCCUGCCCUCCGCCUUGUGGGUGGCAGAAGCCACUGUUCUGGCCGGUUGGAGGUAUUUCAUCAAGGGCAGUGGGGAACGGUGUGUGAUGACAUGUGGGAUCUUCUGGAUGCUGCUGUGGUCUGCCGGGAACUGGACUGUGGGGAGGCUCUGGCAGCACCAGGCGGUGCCCUCUUUGGUGAGGGGAACAGUGCCAUCUGGUUGGAUGAUGUGCAGUGCCAAGGUGAAGAGUCCAUGUUGGCGGACUGCCCUGCCAGCCCCUGGGGGACACACAACUGCCGACACACAGAAGAUGCUGGGGCUGUGUGUUCAGGUGAGAUGCCCCUGGCUAUGGUAGAAGAACACCUGGCCAUGCUCACAAGGACUGUGGCUCCCCAGAGAUCACGAUCUACAGCCCUUGAGAUAACACCACUCCCUACUCAGCCUGCAAGGGUCCAGGCAGAAUCUGUGGCUUAUGAAGCGUCACAGCAGAAAGAAAAGAGCCCAAGGAAAGGCCCUUCAGAAGAGGAUCUAGGCGGCAAGUGGCAGAUUCGGCUAGUAGGAGGCCCUGGAUCCUGUGCAGGGCGGCUGGAAGUUCUAUAUAAAGACCAGUGGGGUACAGUAUGUGAUGAUGGCUGGGAUCUGCUGGAUGCCGCAGUAGUGUGCCGUGAAUUGGGCUGUGGGGCUCCUCUUCUUAGCACUGGGAAUGCACGAUAUGGGCCAGGAACUGGACCUAUUUGGUUGGACGACGUCAACUGCACUGGGGCAGAGACUACACUGUGGCACUGCCAUGCCCAGCCCUGGGGACAGCACAAUUGCAACCACCAUGAGGAUGCAUCUAUCAUCUGCACAGGCAGGUGGAAGGCUCUUUCUUUGCCGAAACCAGCUAGUGAUUCAGAUGUACCUGAGCUUAUACCCUCCUCACAGGAUCCUGGGCCUGAAGAUGAGCCAAGGCUGCAAAGCACCUUGGAUGUAACUGAGGCCACCACAGUCUCUCCAACUUUCCCAACUGUAUGGGAUAUGGAGUUGCUCAAUCCAUGGUACCCUGAUGUGCCAUUCCCAGCCACACAUAAUAUGGAUCUUAAAUCAGAGGAGGAGAAAGAGCCAACAAGCCCCUGGGAGAUGGUUGAAAGUAAAACAACUUCUAAUGCAGAGAUCCUGAGGCAUGUUCAGGAGAAGAUGGAAUCUACUAGCCUCCCAAAGAUAAGUUCACCUACAUUCAAAAGGGGACAAGAUCUCACCCAUCUCUCAGUGGAGUCUCAUCCACCCUUCACAAUGCAAGAAAUAGAAUCCGAAAGAGAAAAUGAGCCAAUGAAUUCCAAGGACAUGGAUGAAGCAACUUCUAAUGCAGAGAUCCUGCAGCAUGUUCAUGCGAUGGAGUCAACCAGCCCCUCAAAAACAAGUUCAUCUACACACAAAUGGGAACAGGAGCCCACCUACCCCUCAGCUGAGUCUCAGCCACCUUCAACCAUGUGGCAUGUGGAAUCUGCAAGAGAAACUGAGCCAACAAGUCCCUCAGGAAUAGAAUUGCCCACAGUCACACAAGACCUAAAGCCUGCAACAGAGAGAGUGCCUCUUCUUCACUGGUUCAGGAUGCUUGAGUUGUCUCCGGUCCCACAGUACACAGAACCAACCAAGCCCUCAGCUGAAACUCAGCCAGCCUUUGCCACAUGGGUUCCAAAACCUGAGAGAGAAACAGAGACAAUGGCUCAGAUAGCAAUGAAACUGUCUUUGUCCUCCAAAAGCUUGGAACUCACAGAGGAGAUGGAACUGCCAGCUGUCACACAGAAUGUACAGCCUAUAAAGGACAAUGAAGUAACCAGCCUCAACAUCACUGAACCUGAAGAGAAUACAGAUAAGACUCAAGAAGAGGACUCAAGCACAAAUCCCCUUACUACAUGGCCUGCAGCUGCACCAGAAUCCACUGUUGUUCCCAGUGCCUUGAGCUCAUGGGAUGGAUCAGAUGAUCAUGGCAUAUCUGCUCUGCUCCAAAGACCAAUGUUACCCACAGCUUCCGUGGGUGGACCAUUUGAGGGUGGCUUGAUGAGCUCAGAAGACUCAGAACGAGGAGCAAAUAUCACCUCUGCACCAAACCUCACCGAGGCACCAGCUCCAAACAUACCAUCUGCUGAACCUAUCACCCAUGCUGCUAACCUCAGCACACCAUCCCCAGGCUGGCCUGUGAGGCAGGAGCUGAGAAAAGAGGGUCACAACUGCUGCUGUUCACCACCUGCACUGGGAAACUUGGUCCAUGCAGUAGAAAGUCUCCAUGGAGGAUUGGGAUCCCUCUCCACUGCCAUCCAGCAUCAAGGCUCCCAACUGGAGGCUGUGGCCCACAGUCUGGCUGAGUUGGCAGCUUCUGUGAAUCAUCUAGUGGGGUUGCUGCCUGCCCUGUUACAGCCAGUCCCAGCCCAGCCCUCUUCAGUUCCCUGUCAGCAGAAUGAAAAUCAGAUGCAGAACCAACUGCCCUUAAAAUGAAAGUAGUGCUGCAGGGAAUUGGGCAAAUGGUUAACCUCCCCUGACAUGGCUGUAAUCCAGAUUGAGUUCUCUAUGACUACUUUUUGAAAAAGAAAAAAAUAAUAAUCAGGAGUUCCAGUUACAUAAUUCCCUUGUCACAUAUAGAUAGAUAGAUAGAUAGAUAGAUAGAUAGAUAGAUAGAUAGAUACUUUAUUUACGACUGAUGGCCAAAACACUUGCCACAUCUAAUUUGGUCCCGACUUCUAUAAUACUCUGGCCCCAAACUAGGCAGAAGGUGAAACUUUCUAAAAACUAAAAAGAGAAGCAAUCUGGCUAGAUAUGAAGGUAAACAGUUUUCAGGCUACAGCAGUUAGGAGAUGAAAUCCCUGAACUGGUCACCAGAUGGCAUCAAAAUAUCAUGGACACAGCUAAACUAAUCCUUCUCAUAGUUGAAAAUCUUCUUCCCACAGUCUCUUUGAUCAGCUAAAGCUACCCUUAAUAGGAUUACUACAAUUGUGCAAGCAGGCACCAACUCAUCCCUUUAGAGCAGGGCUGCUCAACUUAGGCCCCCCAGCUGUUUUUGGACUACAAUUCCCAUAAUCCCCAGCCACAGUAGCCAAUAGCCAAGGGUUAUGGGAAUUGUAGGCCAACAUCUGCAGGAGGGUCGAAGUUGAGCAGGCCUGCUUUAGAGUGAUGCUUUUAGGAGAGAAACAGUCAUAACCUUUACUGAUAUCUAAAUUUUGGUUUGACAAAACUCAGCAAUGAUAAAAGAUGGAAUUGAUCACACCAUCAUUAAAUUGCCCUUUAUAAAAAUAAUUGGUGCAAUACAGUUCAUUAAAAGAGUUUUGACAGUAAGAUGGUGAAAACAGCAAAUAAUAACAAUAAUAAAUAAUAAACCAUGAUUUGUUAGCCCUAGUGCUGGGUUUCACAGCCUGAGCCUGUGUUGGAAUAUAAAUUGUGAAUUCUCUCAGCCAGGGACCUCCUGAUACUACUUUGUAAAGUACCGUGUAUUUUGACAAAACAAAAAUUGCAUAAAACCCCCAAUAACCUCUGUUUUCACUGAUGAACAUGAGUGUAGUUGGAUUAAAAAGAAAAUUUUAGCAGAAUUAAUUACAGAUAGAUCUAGCUAUGUUAAUCUCUCUGUUCAAAGACAGUACAGUUUUGAUUACUAGGUGCUUGAGACAAGAGGGGACAGCUACCUCCAUCAUGUCUUGCUUGUGAGCUUCUUGGGAGAGCAUCUUGCUGGCCAUUGUGCCCCAUCUGGAAUCUACUUCCCCAAAUGGCUGUUUUCCAACAAGGUUAGAUGAUAAAACAGCUUAAACAUUCUGCAGGACAAUUGGCGCUUUAAACCAAUAAUAAAUAGAUAUUUUCUCUUUAAGAAGCUGGAAGGAAUUGGUAAUCAUUUCCCCCACUUCCACUUGGAGAAUGGAGGGAAAUAUAAGGAUGCCUUAAAGAUCUAGGAGCCUGCAGCCACCUGAAAGUUUGAAAAUUUAUCCAGAAUGAAUAAUCAAAUCUUAAUCCAUUCUUGGAGACUGGACAAGCCACUAGGCUCAAUAGUAUCAGGGUGCAGACAGCAGAGGAUGACUUCACAAUGCAGAUAGAGAGUACUGCUGAAAUUACCAUGUGGCAUAAGUGAAAUCACAGUAGGCCAGAAAUCAAAGUGGGCACUUUGCUGCAGGGUCAGUCCCCAAGGUAUAAAUCCAGGCAAGAGCUAGAUGGUAACAGGGAAGGUGGAAGCAGGAUUAAAACAGGUAACCAGGCAGAUCAGUAUACUAAGAAAGUCUGAGCUGAUUCACUGAAAGACUAGGAUGUUUUCAGAGUACCCAAGCCAACAUCUGUAGCCAGAGAUAUAAUGAAAGGGGAUAACAAGUUGGUCCAAGGAACAACACAUAAGUGAGCCUGUUGCAAUGACAAGGGCUAGAGAAAACCGAAGGGUAAACUUGUGAAGAUCAGCUAAUGUGUACUCAAAGAUAGAAUAAGAGAAUAAUUGAUCAAGAGGCCCAGUGGUUUUCCAGCAGUUGUGUCCCAAAUUCUGGGGUUCAAGACAUAUUUCUUCUAACUGCACCUGAAAGUUUUGAAGAUAAUAUUGCUGACAAAUUAACUUGUAGAAUUCCAGCAUGGAGAGGUGUUAUAUAACAUCUACUGCUACAUGAAAAUAACCACAAAGUUCCUCUUGUAGUAACAAUAGUGUUUCAUUUUUAGAUUCAACUUUGAGUGUUCUGUGUUUAUAAUUUUUAGUUCCUCUGACCUGCCUCUAGCACCUCCAAAAUCUGUGAAUACUUCUACUUCCUCUUAGGGUUGGUCCUUGAAAUAAACAAAUCUUGUACCCCCAGAGCAUGUCUAGUGGUGGAAUUAGGGAGCCAAACUCAGUGUUUUGGGUGGGCUGUUUGGGAGUAGAGCUUCUUCGUUUCAAGCAAGUCCAGGGCUAGAGCUCAGCAACAAAACUGCUUGUAUAGCUUAAAAAAAAGUAGUGGGGAGACUGAACCUAUGAACAGUCUUGCUGGAUCAGGCAACAGCCAUCUAGUCUGGCAUCCUGUUUCCCACAGUGGCCAACCAGUCACUCUCAGAAAGCUCACAAGCAGGGUGCAAAGUCAAUGGCUCCUCUCUACGUCUUUCCCAUCACUUGGUAUUUGGAUACAUGUUGCUGCUGAACAUAGCAAUUGUUCCACAUAAAUGUCAUAAACAUGACAUUUUUAUUUGAUUUUAACCUUGUUUGUUUUAACUGUUGAUUUUAAAUGUAUGGGUGUUUUAACUGGCUGUGAACUGCCCUGAGAUUUUAGUUACAGGUGGUACAGAAAUAUGUUCAAUCAAUCAGUAAAUCAUGGCUGAAAACCACGGUUAGACCUGCUGCACAUGAAUUUGUCUAAUUUAAGUUCAUAUAAGCUGGUGACUAUACCAUAACUUGAGUCAGUGGAUUUCGAAAUGAAUUAUGCAUGUACUUUAUUACAUGCAUAAGAUGUACUUUAUUUUGUCUGUUCUGCAUAUACUGUAACUGAUGGAAAGGCAACCCGCCCACAUGUGAUCUUUCUUUCCAUCCUUUCAUUUUGUCCGCAGCUAAAUCUAUCUUUCACCUGUUAAAUAUCUCCAAUCCCAUCCAACCCCCCACCCAAUGUGUACCACUAAGGUUUUGCUUAGCUCUCUCAUAUUUUCUAGGCUUGAUUUUUAAAAAAAAUAACGUUCUUUCAUGUGGCCUUCCUACUGCUUGUCUUCAACCAUUCUUGUCUUGACUUUAUUUUAAAUUUUGCAUCUCAGUUAGUUUUUUAUCUUACCUAUAUUUCUCCUCUUCUUUCUGAUUUACAUUGACUUCCAGUCAGCUCUGACUCUUUCUUAUCUUCCUGUUUUCUUAUCUCUUUAUAUUCCCUUUCAUUCAGAUUCUCAAACUAUAGUGUAGACUCCCUUAGGGUAAACAGAAGAGCUGCAGUGCAAAUGCAUUGAUAAGUUCCCGAGUCAGGCAGUAAUUGGGGAGAGUCAUGUUUAUUUCUUGACAAGUGAAUUUUAGCCCGUUGAAAAACGGGCGCUAGUAAUGCUUUCGGCCCCCGCCGCCGAACCUCCCAGCUGCCCGAUCCCACCAUUUGUACAGGAAAGAGGAGCUCGCCAGCAGAGCUCCUCUUUCUGCAAAGGCUCUUCUCAAACUGGCGCUUU